UCCCAUGUUUGUCCCAGCAUAUUCAACCACAUAGAGUGCUAUCAUUUCUGGAAUGGUCUUAGGUUUUAUGGAAGCCGGAUCCAUUGAUUAAUGGAUUACCCUUUUUUUUUUCUUCUGUUUCUCUCGAUUUAUUUAUUUAAAAGGUAGAAUUUGACCAGUUUCAAAGAAUGAGAGAAACCCAUUAUUUAUUUCUUUAUGUACGGACUGAUUGAACCCUAAAAUUGAUGCAACGCCGUAACGGGCCCGAUCUUGUAUUAUCUUCUUCUAUGAUCGACUGGUUUGAAGGAAAACCCAAAGAAAGGAACAGGAAAAAAGAUUGAAUCUAAAGAAGAAGUUGUUCAGAGGGAUGGUUAUACCUUAAUAACCUUCCUCUCCUUUCUGGGCUCCUCACCGUCCUACGUUUUUCUACCUUUGCCAAGCCAGUUGGGCCAUUGACGGCUUUUGGACUGAUGCGUGAGUGAAGCUGUUAAGCACUGACAAUUAGACAUUGAUGGAUCUUCCAUCUAAUCUUCUUACGAAGAGUCAUUAUUAUAAUUUAAUUAAGUGUCAUUCUUUCAUGAGGGAGGAUUCCCGUGCAGCUUAAUCUAUGAUUAACGAGACAACCACACCCUACUUCCUCAUGCUCUGUCUCAAAAUUACUGCCAAAGCCUCCUCUGAAAUCAAAACCCAUUACUCUGCAACACCAAAUUUUGUUUUUUUUUUUCCCUACCAAAGUGGUAGGGAGCGAGAGGGGUCUUGCUGGAGGAGGUCAAUACUUGAAGAGUCUGUGACAGACACGAGGGUCCUGUUUGGGGCCAGGAUUGAUUUUCUUUUUCCCUGAUGAAUUGGGGCCAGGAUUAUUAUUAUUUUUGCUUUUUGGCGGGCAGCAACGGUCGCUUUCCAUUAUUUUUCCUGGUUGGAGAAGGCUCUUGAAGACCCAUCAUCGUAUCACCCUUGCAUGUUGCUGCUGAUCUCCAUCAAAUCCACCUUAAAGCUUUGUUUCCCUUUCGAUUUUCGUUUUUGGGUGCAGUUGGGAUUUUGCUUAAGGCGGCAACUUGGGGUUAUUGUGCCAAGGCGAAGAGCCGAUCCCAGUCACAUGAGGAGAUUUAUUACUGAAACAUUGUGGAAGGACAGCCUGCAUAAUCCAUGUUCAUCUAUAGGAAAAUGCUGGUGGAGGUGGUUCUGGUACUUGCAUCAGUUGGUGAAGCUCCAUGGGUUGUCAUGGGCAGCUCACAUUGCAAGCAGACAAGCACAAGGGAAGUUCGACCCCAUAGUGUCACCAUAACUGAAUUUGGCGCUGUUGGAGAUGGGGUCACCCUCAACACGAAAGCAUUUCAGAAUGCCCUGUUCUAUCUCAAUUCAUUUGCUGACAAGGGUGGGGCCCAGCUUUUUGUCCCGGCCGGCCGAUGGUUGACUGGAAGUUUUGAUCUCAUAAGUCAUCUAACUUUAUUGUUACAUAAUGAUGCUGUGAUUCUUGGAUCAAUGCAUUCUUAUGAUUGGCCAGUUGUUGAUCCUCUGCCUUCAUAUGGCCGAGGUAGGGAAUUGCCUGGUGGAAGGCAUCGAAGCCUUAUUUAUGGACGUAAUCUGACGGAUGUCGUUAUAACAGGUGAUAAUGGAACUAUUGAUGGUCAAGGAAGUGUCUGGUGGAACUGGUUUAAUAAUGGAACCCUGAACUACACUCGGCCCCAUCUAGUUGAGUUAAUGAAUUCGACUGGCGUGGUCAUCUCAAACUUGACCUUCUUGAACUCACCAUUUUGGACCAUCCACCCUAUAUAUUGCAGCCAAGUUCUUGUUCAGAACGUCACUAUCGUUGCUCCUCUUGAUUCACCAAACACAGACGGGGUUGAUCCAGACUCGUCUAAUGACGUUUGCAUUGAAGACUGCUACAUCAGCACGGGUGAUGAUCUGAUCUCCAUAAAAAGUGGGUGGGAUGAGUAUGGCAUUUCAUUUGCUCGACCCAGUUCAAACAUUAUCAUCAGAAACAUUACUGGAGAAACCUUAUCGAGCUCUGGAGUUGCAAUUGGAAGUGAAAUGUCAGGUGGCGUAUCAGAAGUUUAUGCAGUGGGCCUCAACUUCUUCAAUUCGAACACUGGCAUUAGAAUAAAGACAUCUCCAGGACGGGGUGGUUAUGUAAGAAACAUCUAUUUUUCAGACAUAACAUUGACCAAUGUAAAGACAGCGAUCAAAUUCACUGGCCAGUAUGGUGAGCACCCGGAUGAGUUUUAUGAUCCGAAGGCCCUCCCUAUCAUAGACAAGAUUACCAUUAAAGAUAUCAGAGGAGAUAAUAUCAGAACUGCAGGCCUUCUAGAAGGCAUAGAAGGGGAUAACUUCUUCAACAUUUGCUUAUCCAACAUCACACUCAACGUAACCACUGCAACCCCAUGGAACUGUUCAUAUGUUCAAGGCUUUUCUGACUUGGUUUCUCCCGAGGCUUGUGAACCUCUCAGGGAGAAAAUCAGUCCUCAAUAUUCAUCAGCUUGUUACCACCUUUCCAACCAUUUGCGUUGCCCAAUUGAUAGAAACAAAUCCACGUGGUUGCUAUGAUGGUGAGGUCCUACAGCAAUAUAACCUGCAGUAAAUUGUGACCGUAGCCAUUUUUUUCGUUUUGAUUUUUUGUGUUCCCAUUGAGUUGUGUUUUUUUUUUUUCCUUUCUCCAAAGGAAAAACGAAAAGGUAAGAAGAAGAGUCUUCCCAUGUCCCACCAUGAUGGAUGGCUGCUUAGUCUUGGACGGGAAAUAGUUACCUGACAUGAAAGUUCCUGCUUGUAAUGGUAUGUUAAUCUGUAAGUGUCGAUUGAUGAUUUGUUUUUGUAAUUUUGUGUGUAUUGACAAAUAAUUGAAUGAUUCAUCAGAGAUUGAAAUA